CUACCUCGUUCCAACCCGUCAACACGGAUGCAGUCCUUCGCACCACUGGACCGAAACGCUAUCAACAAGGCCAUUAAGAACGCGGAGCUCGACUUCAAGGACCACAUCCACCCCAGCGACCCGCGAUGGGCCCAGGUCUACCGGGAAGGCCUCUUCGAUCUCAAACGGGUGAUAGAGAUGGGCGUGCUGCAUUGCUACACCGAGGGCCUGCAUAUCACUACGACUGCCAUCAUUCAAGCGCACAGACAGAAGCUGGUUGACAUCGAAUACCCAGGAUAUUACAGCCCACCACUCAAACACGAGUCACUGCCAGGAGAAGGAUCCGGGUCAUCGGCCGAAGGGGAGGGCAAGUGCGAGGUCGAGGGCAACACUGUGGACAAUGCCAAGCGUAGCAGCGAGGGCGACACUGGCAGUAAUGGUGAAGAUGCUAUAAGUAAGAUGAAUGCUCACUGA